CGCCCCUCGGCUCCAGGUGCGGCGGUGGGACCGGGGCCGCGGCCCGGGCCGGGACGGGCGGCCGAGGCGCCAUGGCCGAGUCCCAGCUGAGCUGCCUGGACGAGGCGCACGUGAACGAGAGGGUGACCGAGGCGCAGGCCGCCUUCUACUACUGCGAGCGGCGGCGGGCCGCGCUGGAGGCGCUGCUGGGCGGCGGCGAGCAGGCCUACCGCGAGCGGGUCAAGAAGGAGCGGCUUCGGGACUUCCUCUCCAGCCAGGAGCGCCAGGCCCUCCGCGCCGCCUGGAGCCCCUACGACGAUGCCGCCGCCGCCGCCGCCGCCGCCUCCUCCGCCGCUCGGGGCAAGAGCAAGGCCAAGGCCAAGGCCCCGGCCCCGGCCCAGGCCUCUGCGGAGCCCGGAGAGUCCCUCGCCUACUGGCCCGACCUCUCCGACACCGAGGUGCCCCCGCUGGACCUGGGCUGGACCGACACCCGCGUCUACCGUGGCGUGAACCGCGUCACCCUCUUUACCCACCCCCCCAAGGAGGAGAAGGCGCCCCACCUCAAGGAGGUGGUCAGGCAGAUGAUCCAACAGGCACAGAAGGUCAUUGCUGUGGUCAUGGACCUCUUCACUGAUGGUGAUAUCUUCCAAGACAUCGUGGAUGCUGCGUCUAAGCGCCGGGUCCCGGUGUAUAUCAUCCUGGAUGAGGCAGGCGUAAAGUUUUUCCUGGAGAUGUGUCAGGGCCUGGAGCUUGCUGACUACCGUAUUCGGAACAUCCGUGUCCGCUCUGUGACAGGUGUUGGCUUCUACAUGCCCAUGGGGAAGGUCAAGGGGACCCUGUCAUCAAAGUUCCUAAUGGUAGAUGGUGAAAAAGUAGCCACUGGAUCUUACAGGUUCACCUGGAGCUCCUCCUACGUGGACAGGAACCUUCUCCUCCUCCUGACAGGGCAGAACGUGGAGCCCUUUGACUUGGAGUUCCGGGAGCUGUAUGCCAUCUCUGAGGAGGUGAACUUGUACCAGGAGCUGAGCCUGGCGGGAGGUGCCGGGAGGCUCGGCCCCAACUACUCCUCCACCGUGGCUCGCAAGCUGAUCAACCCCAAGUACGCCCUGGUGGUAGGCAGCCGCCAUCCGCCGGGCGAGAUGAUGCGCUGGGCCGCCCGGCAGCAGCAGGAUGCCAGGGGCGACCCCGAGGGGCAGGAGGAGGGCAGCAGAGGCGGCGAGGCGGCCCGGCGCCUGGAGAGCUUCCUGAGUGACCUGGUCACGCUGGAGCAGGUGCUGCCCCCCGUGGAGCCCGUUCCCUCUGGAGAGCUGAUUCGGAAGGACGGCAGGGCGAUCUCCCACCUGCACACGGACCCGAAGCCCAAACCCCGCGAGGCGCUUGUCCGAAACGGCAAGGGAGAAGCCGCCAACGGGGAGGCCACUCCGGCCAAGGAGGGCAAGCGCUUUAGCAACAGGUUCUUCAGUCGCCGGGCCAAGAGGCCCGCGGCACCCAAUGGCACAGCCAGCUCCCUCUCCACCGAGACCUUUGCGGAAGUGGAGUUUGUGCCGGGGAAGAAGUCCAACGAGGGCUCCAGCGCUGACAUCUCAGGCAAAACGAAUCCCAGUCCUUCCAAGGCCAGCAAUUGCGUGAUCUCCUGAGCCACACAGGCCAGCAGUGGGCAGGACCUGUGGAUGCCCCAGCCCUGUCCUAUGGAGAAUACAGGUCAAACCUUGCGCCAGUUUGCACUUCGGACCCUUACUUGCUUCCUGCCCAACAGCCUCCAUCCUGGCCUCAGGGACCCUCAAUCCCAGAUGUGAGAGUCGGCAGCACAUCAAGACAAUCACACGCCACCGCCGUGAGACUGUCGCCGCCGGGCAGGGGUCACUCCUUCUUGUUUACAUGAAGUGGAAGCUUGA